GCCAUUCUCUGAUCUGCAUCGCCGUGCCCAAUGCUCUCCCUGGUCAAGUUCGCCGCCUUCCCCACGCUGUCCAUCCGUGAGACCCACGGCCCUGUCGCCACCUCCGGAACGUCCGUGCAACCGGCACAGGACAAGACCACGACCAAGGAUUCGGCGUGGGAACGAUCUGGCUGGGCGUUCAUCUAAGAGCUCCCUCCCAACAAGGCAUCGACGAACAAACUCCGAUGCCCCUAUGUACACUAUACCACCCCCACCCCAACUUGAUUUAUUGGCCCCAGCUGCAAGGCUUUCCCAUCAUCCAACCGACGUCCACAUCGUGGCUGCUGCUUCUGCUGCUACCGUAGGUCGGAUGAUGCCACACGUUUGAAUACACCUAUCUUUAUGUUUACGUCACGA